CUUCAGGGCUCCAACGCCCUGCUGUCAGCCUCAGCUUCCCCCAGGAGGGCGCCGUUUGUGAACUCAGAGAAUCAGACGGAAGCAAAGUCUGUCCGAGGACCACCCGGCCCCUACAAGUCAGGUCCAAGAAACGCGUUAAACUCCGUCCCAAGGCCGCAGGGACAGAGUAGAUGAAGACACGGAGCGAGCUUACGUUUAGCUAAGCCGUGCACGCAGCUCCUCCAGUCCUUUCCCUCCCACUGUCUUCUUUGGUUAUUCCACCCCCCUCUUCCGCCCCUCCCACUUGUAUCGCGGCGGGCUGGGUCGUCUGCGCCCGCCCUCUGAGUUCUGGCUGUACGGAGUGGUUGAAGGACAGUGCUCAGACGGCGAAUCAACAUGGCAGCGUUGUUUAGGCGAAGCUGCGGGGUCCUGAGAAAUCUUUCUCGUUUUGACUGGCGAUCACAACAUACAAAAGCCGCCAUACAACGUGAACGAGGAUUGGGGUUUAGUUUUGAGUUGACUGAACAGCAGAAAGAAUUUCAGGCUACUGCUCGUAAAUUUGCCAAGGAGGAAAUAAUCCCAGUUGCUGCAGAAUAUGAUAAAACUGGCGAGUACCCUGUCCCCAUAAUUAAAAGAGCCUGGGAACUUGGUUUAAUGAAUACACACAUUCCAGAAAGUUGUGGAGGCCUUGGACUUGGAUCUUUUGAUAGCUGUUUAAUUACUGAAGAAUUGGCAUACGGAUGUACAGGAAUUCAGACUGCUAUUGAAGCAAAUUCUUUAGGGCAAAUGCCUAUUAUUAUUGCUGGAAAUGCUCAACAACAAAAGAAGUAUUUGGGGAGGAUGACUGAAGAGCCAUUAAUGUGUGCCUACUGUGUAACAGAACCUGGAACAGGCUCUGAUGUAGCCGGUAUAAAGACCAAAGCAGAAAAGAAAGGAGAUGAGUAUAUUAUUAACGGUCAGAAGAUGUGGAUAACCAAUGGAGGAAAAGCUAAUUGGUAUUUUUUAUUGGCUCGUUCUGCCCCGGAUCCUAAGACUCCUGCUAGUAAAGCUUUUACUGGAUUUAUUGUGGAAGCAGACACUCCAGGAAUACAGAUUGGAAGAAAGGAAUUAAAUAUGGGCCAGCGAUGCUCAGAUACAAGAGGAAUUACCUUUGAAGAUGUGAAAGUGCCUAAAGAAAAUGUUUUAAUUGGUGAGGGGGCUGGUUUCAAAAUUGCAAUGGGAGCUUUUGAUAAAACCAGACCUCCAGUAGCAGCUGGUGCUGUGGGACUAGCACAAAGAGCUUUGGAUGAAGCUACCAAGUAUGCCCUGGACAGGAAGACUUUUGGAAAGCUGCUUGUUGAGCACCAAGCAGUAUCAUUUUUGCUGGCUGAAAUGGCAAUGAAAGUUGAACUAGCUAGACUAAGUUACCAGAGAGCUGCUUGGGAGGUUGAUGCUGGCCGCUCAAAUACCUAUUAUGCAUCUAUUGCAAAGGCAUUUGCUGGAGAUACUGCAAAUCAGGUAGCUACUGAUGCUGUGCAGAUUUUUGGAGGCGCUGGAUUUAAUUCAGAAUAUCCUGUGGAAAAACUAAUGAGGGAUGCCAAGAUCUAUCAGAUUUAUGAAGGUACAGCACAAAUUCAAAGGCUUAUUAUAGCUCGUGAACACAUUGGCAAGUACAAAAAUUAACAGGAUCACUAUAGAGCCCUGGGUGGUGUGGCUCAGUUGAUUGGAGCUUUGUUCAGUACACCAAAAGGUCCUGGAUUCGAUCCCUGAUUGAGGCAUGUUCGGGAGUCAACUGAUCAAUGCCUCUGUCUCUCUCUCCCCCUCCCUCCCUUUUUUCUCCCUCUGUUUCCCUCCCUAACCAUCUCUCUCUGUCUCUCUCCUUCCUCUCUAAGUAAUAAAAUUCUCCUUCAAAAAAAUUGCUUGGGGAAAAAUUACUAUAGAAACAUGAUUAAUAGAACAUAAUCCACUAUUUAAGCUACAGAAAAAAGAAAGGGUUUCAAGCUUUUUCCCAGUGAAAAUCUCAAAAUAAGUGCUCUUAAGUAAACAUGUACAACUGAUUCUAAUAGUAAUUUUACCUUUUUUAACUUUAUGACUUGCCUUUCCUCAAAUAGAUUUGGUUUCAUUAAAAUUAUGUGUUGUUCUUAGUACCACUGUACUUGAAUUAUAUUAACCUUGAAAAAUACAUUUGUUUCGUUAUUUCAACCUUUUAAAAUUAAAGUAGCAGAAGUUCCUUGGAAUGUCAAUAUUUUCCCAAUGACAGAAACAUGGGUUCAUAAAAGUAUUCAGGAUGUUUUAAAAUUUACAUUGAGAAAACAUUGUAGGAUAUGAUCCCAUCAAAUAACUUGCCAGUGACUUUCUAGACUUAAUGAUAUUGUAGUAGAGUAGUUCAUUUUGCUACAAUUUGGAAAGUAUUUGUUUUCAGUUUGUAUAGUAAUAGUAAAAAAAUUCAAUGUUUAUAUUCUCUCAUUAUACAACCAGAAGUUACUUGAAAAUCUGUUUAAUUCUAAGCCCACGUUUCACUUACCUUAUUUAAAAUCAAUCAAUAAAAUUUGCUUUAAAUUA